CUCGCAACUCCACAUCUUCUCCUCGCAACUACUCAUCAUGGCCUGGCAAGCGCCCUGGCAAGCUCUCCGCCCGGCCCUGCGGCCGGCUGCGGCGCUCCUCACCGCCCGCCUCUCCCUCUUCUCGGGCUUCAGCACCUCCUCGACCUCGUUCAACAACAGCAUCCAAACGACCUGCUCGCGCUGGGUCGUGCGCGACGCGCACCCCUCGGCGCCGCGCGAGUGUCCCACGCCCCUCGUGCUGCUGCGCACGCCGGGCCUCUCCUUCCCCUCGCAACCCAAGGAGACGGAGGACACGUGGCGCGUCUGGGCCGACAUGUUUUCCAUGCGCGGAUACACGACUGUGCAAGUAGACGUGAGCGUGACGACGAGCAGCCACCUGAGCCCGGCUCCGGGCGGCGAGGGGGAGGAGAAGGCGAUCUCGGGGCCCGUGAAACAGGCCGCGGCGGCGCUCAACGACCAGCUCCGCCUGCUCGCCAUCCCGUAUGCGCCCGUCAUCGUCGCGUCUGGCAGCGCGUGUCUCGUCGCGCAGGCGUAUGUGUCCGACUACCGCGCGAGCGGGCUCGUGUUGGUCGAGCCGCCGCCGGACGAGGAUCCGCGCGGCGGCGUCGGCGUCGCGACGGCCGGCGCGAAGGCGGCCGGCGGCGAAGCCGCCAAGCCUUACGCGUGGCCCAAGUUCAGCUUCGAGCCGCGCUUCCCCGUCCUCGUCGUGGCGAGUGCCGAGAACGAGGCUGCGGUGCGCGCGUCCCGCCUCGGACGCGAGGCGCUCGAGCGGCCCGGCGGGCGCGGCGUGAGCGUCAUGCUCCAGAAGGACGGGCCGCGGGGCGAGGGUACGCGCAUGGAAGUGGAGCGCUGGCUAGACUGGAGCGGAUACUAGGACUGUGGAUGGACGCGUGUUUACUAGACUUCUACUGACGGGCUCGGACUAUGGAUCAGGCAAC